CUAAGCCGAUCAAUGAUGCCAUUUGGCCUGAUGCGCCGGGAGCUGGCAUGUGAAGGCUACCCAAUCGAGCUGCGCUGUCCGGGAAGUGAUGUCAUCAUGAUUGAGACGGCCAACUAUGGCCGCACCGAUGACAAAAUCUGUGAUGCGGAUCCUUUUCAGAUGGAGAAUGUGCAGUGUUACCUGCCUGACGCCUUCAAGAUAAUGUCACAGAGGUGUAAUAAUCGCACUCAGUGUGUGGUGGUCGCGGGGUCAGACGUGUUCCCAGACCCCUGCCCAGGGACCUACAAGUAUUUGGAGAUCCAGUAUGAGUGUGUCCCCUACAAAGUGGAUCAAAAAGUUUUUGUGUGCCCUGGGACAUUGCUGCGGGUGCAGGUGCCCAGCUCUCAGCAGGAAGCUGAGCACCAGGCGGGGGCUUGGUGUAAGGACCCUCUGCAGUCUGGGGACCGUCUGUAUGUCAUGCCCUGGACCCCCUACCGCACAGACAUGCUGUAUGAGUACGCCUCCUGGGAAGACUUUAAACAGAACCGAGCCACAACUACCUACAAGCUGCCAAACAGAGUGGACGGCACAGGCUUUGUUGUAUACGACGGUGCAGUAUUUUACAACAAAGAACGCACUCGAAACAUUGUCAAAUAUGACCUACGUACGCGCAUCAAAAGCGGUGAAGCCAUUGUCACAAAUGCCAACUAUCACGACACUUCCCCGUACCGCUGGGGAGGAAAGUCAGACAUCGACCUCGCCGUGGAUGAAAAUGGCCUCUGGGUGAUAUACGCCACUGAAUCCAACAACGGACGACUGGUGGUCAGCCAGGUUAACCCUUACACACUUCGCUUUGAAGGCACCUGGGAGACAAGCUUCGACAAGAGGAUGGCUUCCAACGCCUUUAUGGCCUGUGGCGUUCUUUAUGCGGUGCGGUCAGUCUACCAGGACGACGACAGCGAAGCAGGCGGCGACCUGUUGAUGUACGCCUACAACACAAACCGUGCGCGUGAGGAGCCAGUCAACAUUGCUUUCCCAAAUCCCUACCAGUAUAUAUCAUCUGUGGACUACAACCCUCGAGACAACCAGCUUUACGUCUGGAACAACUACAAUGUCCUACGCUACCCACUUGAAUUCGGACCACCAGACCCCACUACCGGCCCUCUGACCACCACUCAAGUGACCCCAACUCCACCAGCUAGACCAUUCACCUCCAGUGCCAGUCCCUCUACCAUACGUCCUCUGGCCCCCACCUCACGCCCAAUCGGCUCCAUUAACAAGCAACCUGAUCUCCGUCCAAUCACAGCCACGGUACCCGUCACUCGUCGGCCACCUCCCCCUCCUCAAGGCCCACAACGGUAUUUUUGUGAGACUAAGCUCAUCCGGGGUAUCCAGUGGCCAACCACUCAGCGAGGGGAAACUGUUGAUCGUCCUUGUCCUAAAGGAUCCUUGGGUAUUGCUUCGUUCCAGUGCCUGGCGGAUCAGGUCAUUUGGAACCCACGGGGUCCUGACCUAAGUAACUGCACCUCCCCCUGGGUCAACCAGGUGGCACAGAAGAUAAAGAGUGGAGAGAACGCUCCCAACAUAGCCAGUGAGCUAGUGAACCACACGAGGGGACGAAUCCAAGCCGGUGAUAUUAGUUCGACUGUCCGGCUGAUUGAGCAGCUGCUGGAUAUACUGGAUGCCCAGCUGCAAGCCCUUAAGCCCAGGAAUAAAGAGUCAGCAGGGCGAAACUACAAUAAGUUCCAGAAGCGAGAGCAGAAUUGUCGAGCAUAUAUCCAGGCGGUUGUUCAGACAGUAGACAACCUACUGCGUCCUGAGGCCCUGGACUCUUGGCAAGAUAUGAACAGCACUGAGCAGGCUCACACUGCAACCAUGCUCCUGGACGUCCUGGAAAAAGGAGCUUUCCUCCUGGCUAACAACAUGUACGGGAAUCGCUUCUCUGACCGAGCCCCCAGCGUUGAUCUGGAGGUUCACGUUGUCAACACAGAGAUGGACCUGCAGGAUUUAUCUUUCCCACAGAAUUACGCUAGUGACAGCACCAUCCAGCUUUCAGCCUCCACCAUCAAGCAAUACAGUCGGAAUGGGCAAGUAAAAGUGGUUUUCAUUCUGUACAAAAAUUUGGGGUCUUUCUUGUCCACUGAGAAUGCUACAGUUAAGAUAGAAAUGGAGGGACCGAGCUAUGAAAGGAAGCGCCUGGCGGUUAACUCUCAUGUAAUCGCUGCCUCCAUCAACAAAGAAUCCAGCAGAGUGUUUCUCACUCAGCCGGUGAUCUUCACUCUCAAACAUCUCCAGAAUAAGAAUUAUUACACUCCAAAUUGUUCGUUUUGGAACUACUCUGAGCGCUCCAUGACCGGCCAGUGGUCUUCGCAGGGCUGCAGGCUGCUGGACACCAACAGCACACACACCACAUGCUCCUGCAGCCACCUCACCAACUUCGCCGUGCUCAUGGCUCACCACGAGGCGGAUGGCCGGAUGCACGAACUGAUCCUGUUCGUGAUCACCUGGGUGGGAAUCGUCAUCUCCCUGGUGUGUCUGGCCAUCUGCAUCUCCACUUUCUGCUUCCUGCGGGGUCUGCAGACUGACCGCAACACAAUCCACAAGAACCUCUGCAUCAACCUCUUUAUCGCUGAGCUGCUCUUCCUCAUCGGUAUUGACAAAACGGAAUAUCAUAUCGUCUGUCCCAUCUUUGCGGGCCUUCUCCAUUUUUUCUUCUUGGCUGCCUUCUCCUGGAUGUGUCUGGAAGGCGUGCAACUCUAUCUCAUGCUCGUGGAGGUCUUUGAGAGCGAGUACUCACGCAAAAAGUACUACUAUCUGUGCGGCUACUGCUUCCCCGCGCUGGUGGUGGGCAUCUCAGCAGCCAUAGACUACAGGAGCUAUGGGACCAAAAAAGCAUGCUGGCUAAGAGUGGAUAACUACUUCAUCUGGAGCUUCAUUGGACCUGUGUCAUUUGUCAUUAUGCUCAACCUCAUUUUCCUCAUGAUCACUCUCCAUAAGAUGAUUCGCAAUUCUUCAGCACUCAAGCCAGAUUCAAGUCGCCUGGAUAACAUCAAGUCAUGGGCUCUUGGGGCCAUUGCGCUGCUGUUCUUGCUUGGGCUAACAUGGGCCUUUGGCCUCCUCUUUAUCAAUGAGAACACGGUGAUCAUGGCCUACCUGUUCACCACUUUCAAUGCCUUCCAGGGAAUGUUCAUCUUCAUCUUCCACUGUGCACUGCAAAAGAAGGUCCAUAAGGAGUACAGUAAAUGUCUGCGUCACUCCUACUGCUGCAGCCGCUCUUCCACCAACAGCUCCCACGGUUCCCUGAAGAACUCGGGCCUCCGUGCCAACAACCGCUACUACACCGGCAGCCAAGCUCGCCAUGCAGCUGUCCACAGACAGAGUCGGAUCCGUAGGAUGUGGAACGACACGGUUCGAAAGCAGACAGAAUCUUCAUUCAUGGCAGGAGAUAUAAACAGCACCCCAACACUCAAUCGUGCGACCAUGGGCAACCACCUCCUGACAAACCCAGUGUUACAGACCCGCUCUGGUACCUCUCCCUACAACACUCUGCUUGCUGAAAGCUUCACCCCUCCCUCACCUGGAGUCUUCAACUCUACAGGAACCUUCCGUGACCCAAAGAGUACACUUUCUAAGCCCCGAGACCCCUGUGGAAUGGAGACCCUUCCCUUAAACGGCAACUUCAACAACAGCUACUCCAUACGAAGUGGCCCGUCAGGUGGGGGCGGCGGCGGCAGCUGUGAUUUUCUAGCCGGAGGAGGGGGAGAAACUCCCCCACCUAUCUUCAACCCGCGAAGUUCAGAAACGCUGGGAGGUGGAGGCACACGGCGAAACCUCACGGAUGCUGCAGCCUUUGAGAAAAUGAUCAUUUCUGAGCUUGUCCAUAACAACCUGAGAGGAGGUGUAGGCGGAGGGCCUGUAGGGGGUGGAACUGAUGUAGGGGACAGAACGUAUGCCAGUCUGGUGAGGGGACAUCCUCACUGUGGAGGGGGCCGAGCAACAACUUCAGGUGGACCAGAACCUUCAAUCAGCAUGGAUGAGGACGAUGAGUUUCUCAAUGAUGGACGGCAAAGAACACCUCAGGAUGUAGAACUCCUGUAUAAAGCUCUAGAAGAACCCCUACUGUUGCAGCGGGCCCAGUCGGUCCUCUAUCAGAGUGAUCCAGAGGAGUCGGAGAGCUACACAGCUGACCUUACAGAGAGCCUUGGCAACAGCGGUCAGAGCGGUGGUGGACAGGGAGACAACAGAGCGCCGGACUCACCAGCCCAUGACUCCCUGUACACUAGCAUCACCAACCUGCGAGACUCUCCCUAUCCAGACAGCAGCCCUGAGCCGCUUGAGGUUGUGCCCCGUUCAGCUCAGCCCCCUGAAGAGCUGUACUACAGCUCUGGGAGGCCUGCCCUUGGUUCUCGUGGGGCUCCCAUGCAGACCUUCUACCAGGCUCCACCUCAAAGACCCAGCGGGGAGGGACAGCAGGCUCAAGAGCCUGCCCACACUGAGGGAGACGGACAGAUGCAACUGGUCACCAGCCUGUGACUGGAGCCUGGAGGAGGGAGCUGGAAACUAUUGUGAUAGCCAGAGCCUCCUUUAAGUGGUCUCUUUCUCAUGUGUCUCCACUAUCUGCUUAUUUGGUUGCCUUUAUUUCUCUUGACUUUUAUUUAACUUGCAUAUUUAGAAAACUGACCGACCUUCUGGGGGAGGCACAGCUAACUCUGCUGAUGAAGCCUUUAUCAUCAUCAACUCUCCCCAAUCGUCUGGAUAUGAGUGAUGGGUGUUUUUCAUCAGAGCGUUUGAAACCUCUGUGGCCAAGUCCAGCACUCUGAAUGUACCCCCUCCCCCACUUUACCCUUGGAUAUUUCAGAACUUUGCUUUUUUUAUGUGUUCAGAUCUGCCUCAGGAGAUGAGGAUGUUGUUUUAUAUUUUGUCUCAUUUCCCUUUUCUUACCAUCUUUUGAUCUUUUUUUAAAAGCCAUUAUUUGAUAGGGGUAGUUAGCUGUGCAGACAGGGAAUAUUGUACACUAUUAUUACCUGAAAUGUCUCACAGAAAGCUCUUCAUCGUUGCCAAAAAUAUCUUUUAUUGAGCCAGAACAGAAACUAGAACAUUCACAAGCCACACAAACACACACACACACAUCCUGAAGUGCUUGUUUCUGAACAUCAAAAGCAAAGACAGCACUCCGUUUAAGUAAACGGGAGCAAAAGGUUUUGUUCCAAGCAGGCAGAGGAAGCCGAUUCAGUGUAGUUGCCUUCAUUUAGUCUUGCUUUGAAUCAGAAGUGUACAGAAGUGGAGUACAGGUGGAGACAGAGACUCAGGAGGUGCUGUAUCAUCAUCCAUCCAGAGCUGGAGAGCCUGCACCCAUAAUACUGGGAUAUGCUCUCUGCUGCUCUCUGUGUUUGCUUUAGGCCUUUGAAAUGUUAAAUGACUGCCUUGCUGUUGUUUAAAGAGAGUAUUCAGUUUCUAAAUCCCGGGGCUGCAAAUGCACAUUGUUGCCCUAAUCCCCUUGUACUUCGCUGUUAGAGCCUAGAGUAAAAACGGACUACUUGUGUGUUUUUGUGGCAAACAGGACUGCAGAUGUCACAGACGCACUGAACGACAGUUGGUAUAACCCUGUACAUAGCGAACCACACAUGAAUCUACUUUAUUCCUAUUAUGUAAAUACAGACACCAGAUGAUCAAAAGCAACAAAAGGUAAUAAAUACUAUGAAAAUGACUUCUUGUACUACAACAAAUUGUUGAAGGAAAAGAAUAAAAAUGCUUUGUGACCUGGAUGAAACACUCUAUCUCUCUACCCCAGACCAUAAUCUCUCACUCUUAUUCAUUUUUUGCCGUGAAACUUCUUAUCUAUCCAAAGAAGAGAGGAAGUCAGACAAAGAAAAGGGGGCAAGAGUCAUUAAGAUGUAAGGAAAUAUUUAGUGAUUUAAAAGAAAAAAAAAAGCAAUGAAAAAGUUCUGGCAUAAUUCUAAACGUGAUAACAUCCAACACAUCAAGUUUUAACCGUUAACAUUCCACGGGUUGAAUUUCCAAAGCCAGUUGGGAGAUAGGGCUGCGGGGCAAGCGAGAUAGAUGUUGUCAAAUGUCAUUCUGUUCCUCAUGAGCACGUUGAAGUACUCUGUGGCGAGCAACGACAUCCAUGACGUGAUUCGGUUUUGCUUUUGUAUUAUUUGGAAAAUUUUAAUCAGAUACAAUACCUUUAACAUGGGUUUUAGCAUGUAAAAU